UUUUUUUUCAGCAUAUCUGUCCAUGAUGGCGGAGGACAGCGAGUCUGCGGCGAGCCAGCAGAGUCUGGAGCUGGAUGACCAGGACACCUGCGGAAUAGACGGAGACAACGAGGAGGAGAAUGAGCACAUGCAGGGGAGCCCGGCCGGAGACCUCGGGGCCAAAAAGAAGAAGAAGAAGCAGAAACGCAAGAAGGAGAAGCCGAGCUCCGGCGGAGCCAAAUCCGACUCGGCGUCCGACUCGCAGGAGAUUAAGAAUCCGGCCAUCCCCAUGCAGAAGCUUCAGGACAUCCAGAGGGCCAUGGAACUGCUGUCGACUUGUCAAGGUCCGGCCAAGAGCAUCGACGAGGCCGCUAAGCACAAGUACCAGUUCUGGGACACGCAGCCAGUUCCCAAGCUCAACGAGGUCAUCACCACCCACGGGCCCAUCGAGCCGGACAAGGAGAACAUACGGCAGGAGCCAUACUCGCUGCCCCAGGGCUUCAUGUGGGACACCCUGGACCUCAGCAAUGCUGAAGUGCUAAAAGAGCUGUACACUCUGCUGAACGAGAACUACGUGGAGGAUGACGACAAUAUGUUCCGCUUCGACUACUCGCCUAACUUCCUGAAGUGGGCACUGCGGCCCCCAGGCUGGCUGCCCCACUGGCACUGUGGCGUGAGGGUAACCUCCAACAGGAAGCUGGUGUGUUUUAUCAGUGCUAUCCCAGCCAAAAUCCACAUCUAUGACACGGUGAAGAAGAUGGUGGAAAUCAAUUUCCUCUGCGUGCACAAGAAGCUUCGGUCGAAGCGUGUGGCACCGGUGCUGAUCCGCGAGAUCACCCGGCGGGUCAACCUGGAGGGCAUCUUCCAGGCUGUGUACACGGCCGGCGUGGUGCUCCCCAAGCCCGUGUCCACGUGCAGGUACUGGCAUCGAUCCCUGAACCCCAGGAAGCUGGUGGAGGUGAAGUUUUCCCACUUGAGUAGAAACAUGACCUUGCAGAGGACGAUGAAGCUCUAUAGACUCCCGGAUACCACCAAAACGGCGGGCUUGCGGCCCAUGGAGAAGAAGGAUGUGAGGCAGGUGACGGCGCUUCUGGAUCGGUACCUGAAGCAGUUUCACCUGGGGCCUGUCAUGGGCGAGGAGGAGGUGUCUCACUGGUUCCUCCCUCAGGAGAACAUCAUAGACACCUACGUCGUGGAGGGCCCGGAGGGAGUCCUGACCGACUUCACCAGCUUCUACACCCUGCCAUCCACUGUGAUGCACCAUGCAGUUCACAGAAGUCUGAAGGCUGCUUACUCCUUCUACAGUGUCCAUACAGACACACCUCUCAUGGACUUGAUGAACGACGCUCUCAUCCUGGCCAGACUGGUAGGGUGUCCUUCCCUAGAAACAGAUGGCAGAAACACCGCCGCCCUUGUGGCCGGGCCCGUGUCUGCGGGUGCUUUUCCACCGCUGCAAGUGCCGUAUUUUUUUGGUACUUUCUUUUUUCCACUGACUUCUGGUCGAGUACCAGUACCAAAAGUUCUAGUACCUAAAGUCCCAAACCAGCUGGGGUAUGGACUUCUUUGUCGAUUGCUUAUGUAAAUAGCCUCUGAAACACGAUACAAACGCUGCCUUGAAAACAAUUACAAAGUCAGAAAACAAAGAUAAAGGACAGCAUGCAUAUAGGGAUGUGAUCUUUGUUGUAAAAGAUAUUGGGGUAUUUAUAAAGCAAGGGAGUUUCUCACGAACCCGUCUAGGAGUGAUUUAAACAGCAAGGAUGAAAAUGAUUGACUGUCUUGGAGAACGCAGGCAGCGCUCAUGCAAAAGCAGCGGAGGUAAACUGAUUUUUAAACAUAUUGGAUAAUCCAUAAAAGGAAAAAUUUAAAUCGCAAAGCUAGCUAAGGUUGUCAACCGUUUUUCAAAUUCGGUACAAAAUCCCCCUCCUCGCGUUGUGAUGUCAUUUGGAGCUGGUAUCUGGUUUUAUGCCGUGUGCAAACCAGCACCUUGAGGUACUGCACUCUAGGUACUUUCGGGAAGGUACCUGGUGUGGUGGAAAAGCACCCAAACUGGUGGGGUGUGCUCCCUGGAUGCAGAUGCCACUAACACCGCCGCCCUUGUGGCCGGGUCUGUGUCUGACUGAUUGAUUGGUUCUUCGCUGUUUUACAUGCUGCCCGGUUUGCGUUUCAUUAACAGAAGGGCUUUGAUGUCUUCAAUGCACUGGACCUGAUGGAAAAUAAGACUUUUCUCGAAAAGCUCAAAUUUGGGAUCGGAGAUGGUAAUUUGCAGUAUUACUUGUACAACUGGAAAUGCCCGCCAAUGGAACC